CCCCAUCCUAGCUUAUCACCCUCUCCUUCUUCCCCCUCUCCCUUGCCACUCUGUGAUCCCCUCUCCAUGCUUCGCUUCUCGUAAUCCAGAUGAAUUCUUUGAUCUAGAAGGAAACAAUGGAAGAGGAUCUACACAAACCAACCGAAGUCUCCCCGCCGGCCACCUCGUCGCAGACCCCGGCAUCCAGCGGGUCCUUCCCCCCGGCCGGCAGCUCCCCUGCGGGCCCAACUCCCGACGACGACCUCUUCGAGGCCGUCUCCCUCGGAGAUCCCGAUCGUCCCGCCCUUGAUCCGUCCACCGCCGACGGUGCCCAUGCCGUCGACUCCGUCCGCUCCUCCACCUCUGACAACCUGAACCGCACGUCCGGCGCCGACGCCGUCUCUAAUUCCUCCCCCGUUGCUGCGGCCGCCGCCGCCGCCGCGGAGCUCCGCGCCUCCCUCUCCCCCGACAUGCAAACUUCUCCGCCCUACAGCCCCUCCGGCUCGGCUCUCAGGCCGUCGCCCUCCUUGGGCAGCUUUGAUUCCUACACAUCCCCUGUUGGAUCGCCGCUGAAGCCGAGAGUGAAGCCGGCGAUGCCAGACAUUUCCCCGGAGCUUGUGCAUCUGGUUGACUCUGCCAUAAUGGGGAAGGCGGAGAGCAUCGAGAAGCUCAAAUCAGUAGUGUCGGAUGGUGGCGGCGGCGAUGUCGGGGACGUGUCGAGAUCUGUGGUUGAUGCGCUGCUUGUUACCAUGGGAGGUGUGGAAGGCCUUGAUGAGACUGGAGGCGGUGCGCCUGCAAAUCCUCCGAGUGUGAUGUCCAGUUCGAGGGCUGCGGUAGUUGCUGCGGAGCUCAUCCCUUGGUUCCCCUGGCAAGGAGACUCGGAGACCCAUAUGUCUCCGAGAACAAGAAUGGUUAAAGGUUUGCUUUUAAUUUUGCGAGCGUGCACCAGAAAUCGCGCAAUGUGCUCAGCUGCGGGAUUGCUUGGAAUAUUGCUGCAAUCAGCAGAGAAAAUAUUGGUCGAUUCCGUUGAUCGGGUAUCCUGGGAUGGGACGCCAUUGUGCCAAUGCAUUCAGGUUUUAGCAGGGCAUUCGUUGAGUGUGAUCGAUCUUCACCACUGGCUUGGAGUGGUGAAGAAGACACUCAAAACUGACUGGGCAGUGCCGCUGAUGCUAGCACUGGAGAAGGCCAUGCAGAGCAAGGAGGCGCGUGGCCCGGCUCACUCAUUUGAAUUUGAUGGUGAGAGCUCUGGCUUGCUUGGUCCUGGGGAGAGCCGGUGGCCUUUCUCCAAUGGAUAUGGAUUUGCCACAUGGAUAUACAUUGAGUCAUUUGCUGACACUCUCAACACAGCGACUGCUGCUGCUGCCAUUGCUGCAGCAGCUGCUGCGUGGUCAGGGAAGACAUCUGCUGUGUCAGCGGCAGCUGCAGCAAGUGCACUUGCAGGGGAGGGUACCACUCAUAUGCCAAGGCUUUUUAGCUUUCUGUCCUCUGAUAACCAUGGUUUGGAGGCCUACUUUCAUGGCCAGUUCUUGGUAGUGGAGGUUGGUGGUGGGAAAGGUAAAAAGGCUUCUUUACAUUUCACGUAUGCAUUCAAGCCACAGACUUGGUAUUUUGUUGGGUUAGAACAUACUUGCAAGCAGGGUUUGCUUGGAAAGGUGGAGAGUGAAUUGAGAUUGUAUGUAAAUGGGAACUUGCAUGAGAGCCGUGCUUUUGAGUUUCCACGGAUCUCGAAGCCAUUGGCUUUUUGCUGCAUAGGGACAAAUCCACCACCCACGAUGGCUGGUCUCCAACGGCGUCGGAGGCAGUGCCCCUUGUUUGCAGAGAUGGGGCCGGUUUAUAUCUUCAAGGAACCCAUUGGGCCAGAGAGGAUGGGUCGACUGGCUUCAAGGGGAGGAGAUGCACUGCCUUCUUUUGGAAAUGGUGUGGGUUUACCCUGGUUGGGAACAAAUGAACAUGUGAGAAGUCUGGCAGAAGAGAGCUUGAAGUUGGAUGCUGAGAUUGGAGGAAGCUUGCAUCUUCUCUACCACCCCAGCUUGCUGAGUGGGCGUUUCUGUCCAGAUGCAUCUCCUUCUGGUGCAGCAGGUGUUCACCGGAGACCUGCUGAGGUCCUCGGGCAAGUUCAUGUUGCUUCUCGAGUACGCCCGGCAGAAUCUUUAUGGGCCUUAGCAUCUGGGGGUCCAUUGGCUUUACUUCCUCUGACAGUCAGCAAUGUGCAGAUGGAUAGCCUGGAACCUGUAAUUGGUGAUUUUCCUUUGUCUCUUGCGACAACUUCACUCUCUGCCCCUAUUUUCAGAAUUAUCUCCAUUGCAAUUCAACAUCCUGGAAAUAAUGAGGAGUUAUGUCGAGCACGAGCACCUGAGCUUUUGUCAAGAAUUUUACAUUAUCUUCUGCAAACUCUAUCAGCACUGGAACUUGGAAAACAAAAUGGAUUGAGUGACGAGGAAAUUGUUGCAGCAAUUGUGUCCCUAUGUCAAUCACAGAAAAAUAAUCAUAAACUUAAAGUGCAGCUUUUUAGUACGUUGCUGUUAGAUUUGAAGAUGUGGAGUUUGUGCAAUUAUGGUUUACAGAAGAAGCUUCUGUCUUCACUUGCAGACAUGGUGUUUACAGAAUCAUUGGCCAUGCGGGAAGCCAAUGCCCUGCAAAUGCUUCUUGACAGCUGCAGAAGGUGCUAUUGGGUUAUUCGUGAAAAAGAUUCUGUUGAUACUUUUUCGCUUCAUGGUGCACCGAGACCUAUGGGUGAAGUGAAUGCCCUGGUUGAUGAGCUCUUAGUGGUUAUUGAGCUUUUAGUAGGAGCAGCAGCAUCUUCAUUGGCUGCCGAUGAUGUCCGUUGCUUGAUAAGUUUCAUUGUUGACUGUCCGCAACCUAAUCAGGUUGCGAGAGUGCUGCACCUAAUCUAUAGACUGGUUGUGCAGCCUAAUACAUCUAGGGCUCACACAUUUGCGCAAUCAUUUAUAUCUUGUGGUGGGAUAGAAACGCUUCUUGUUCUUUUGCAACAAGAAGCCAAAGCUGGUAAUCAUAAUAUUUUGGAUAAUUCUAGUGUAUCUCAUGCUGAUAAUGCAUCCCAGGCAUCUGGGGAUGUGUCCGGGUUGGGAACUACCAGUGGUGAACCAAAAAGCCAGGAUGAUGAACCAGAAUCUCUUGAACAGAAGGAAUCUUGUUCCCCUGAAGAGGGCUCAAAAUCUGGGUCAUCAAGUACUUACAAUGGUUCUUCUAAGGUAUCUUUGGGCAUGAAUAUUGAAAGAAUGGCAUCUGCUUCUGAUAACCAACUUUUAAAGAAUUUGGGUGGCAUUAGUUUCUCAAUAAGUGCUGACAGUGCUAGGAACAAUGUAUAUAAUAUUGACAAUGGUGAUGGAAUUGUAGUGGGGAUAAUCACCCUAUUGGGUGCUCUUGUCGCAUCAGGUUAUCUCAAAUUUAACUCAAAUGCUGCUUCUUCAAGUUUGUCUAGUAACAUUCUGACUAUUGCGGGUGCUGAAGAAGGGAGUACCAUGUUUGAAGACAGAGUUGCUUUGUUACUUUUUGCAUUACAAAAAACGUUUCAAGCAGCUCCACAAAGGCUUAUGACCACCAAUGCGUAUAUGGCUUUAUUGGCAGCAACAACAAAUGUUUUGUCAACUGAUGAUGGCCUGAACAUAUAUGAUUCUGGUCACCGCUUUGAGCAUCUCCAACUUUUGUUGGUUCUUCUCUGUUCGCUUCCCUAUGCAUCCAGGGCAUUCCAGGUUCGAGCUAUACAGGAUCUUCUGUUUUUGGCUUGCAGUCAUCCAGAAAAUAGAAGUAGUCUUACUUGCAUGGCAGAAUGGCCUGAGUGGAUAUUGGAGGUUCUAAUAUCUAAUUAUGAGAUGGGUUCAAGCAAAGAUUCAAAUUGUGUAAGCAUGACUGAGAUAGAAGACCUCAUACACAACUUUCUCAUAAUUGUAUUGGAGCAUUCAAUGCGGCAAAAAGAUGGAUGGAAGGAUGUAGAAGCAGCAAUUCAUUGCGCAGAAUGGCUGUCAAUGGUUGGGGGAUCUAGUACAGGGGACCAACGAGUCAGACGUGAAGAGGCAUUACCUGUCUUCAAAAGAAGGCUGUUGAGCGGCUUGUUAGACUUUGCUGCUAGGGAGCUUCAAGUUCAGACUCAAGUUAUUGCAGCAGCAGCUGCUGGUGUUGCAGCUGAGGGGUUGUCACCACAAGAAGCUAAAGCACAAGCAGAAAAUGCUGCUCAUCUUUCAGUUGCAUUAGCUGAGAAUGCAAUUGUAAUUCUGAUGCUUGUAGAAGAUCACCUGCGGUUACAAGGGCAGCUAUUUUGCACUCCCAAGUCAGUUGAUGGCCAUGGAUCUCCUGCUGCAGUGACAUCAUCCACUGUUAGUCACUCAAAUUCUGUAGGUAGAACUGGCAGUGAAUCUAUGGAUACCGUUGGAUCCAGGAGGACAUCAUUGUCCAGUGAUACUGGUGGCCUUUCCCUUGAUGUCCUUGCUUCUAUGGCUGAUGCAAACGGCCAAAUUUCUGCAGCAGUUAUGGAGCGCCUUACUGCAGCAGCUGCAGCAGAGCCUUAUGAAUCUGUUCGCUGUGCAUUUGUAUCUUAUGGGAGCUGUGUUUUAGAUCUAGUUGAGGGUUGGAAUUAUAGGAGCAGAUUGUGGUAUGGUGUUAGCCUUCCCACAAAAGCAACAGCCUUUGGUGGUGGGGGAAGUGGUUGGGAAUCUUGGAGAUCUGCUCUGGAGAAGGAUUCAAAUGGGAACUGGAUUGAACUUCCAUUAGUGAAGAAAUCAGUUGCCAUGCUGCAGGCACUUCUGUUAGAUGAAUCUGGAAUUGGUGGUGGUCUUGGUAUUGGAGGUGGAUCUGGCACUGGGAUGGGAGGAAUGGUAGCACUCUACCAGCUGUUGGACAGUGAUCAGCCAUUUUUAUGCAUGCUUCGGAUGGUACUUUUGUCUAUGAGGGAGGAUGACAAUGGUGAAGAUGACAUUUUCAUAAGAAGCAUAAGCAUAAAAGAUGGCAUAUCAGAAGGGUUGAGUUAUCAAGCUGGGAACACCAAGCCAUUAGAUAGCAAUAAUCGCUUGUCAACAAGGAAACCUCGCUCAGCACUUCUUUGGAGUGUACUUGCACCAAUUUUGAACAUGCCAAUAUCUGAAUCAAAGAGACAAAGGGUGUUGGUUGCAUGUUCUGUCCUGUACUCUGAGGUAUGGCAUGCCAUUGGCAGGGACAGAGAACCUCUUAGAAAACAGUAUGUUGAGGCAAUUUUACCACCAUUUGUCGCCAUUCUAAGACGGUGGCGACCCCUCUUGGCUGGGAUUCAUGAGCUUACUUCCUCAGAUGGUCAAAAUCCCCUCAUUGUUGAUGAUUAUGCUUUGGCAGCAGACACACUGCCAGUGGAGGCCGCUCUUUCAAUGAUAUCACCUGGCUGGGCUGCUGCUUUUGCAUCACCUCCUGCUGCAAUGGCAUUAGCAAUGAUUGCUGCAGGUGCUGGUGGUGGAGAAACUGUGACAUCUGCAAGUACUCCACUUAAGCGUGACACAUCAUUGCUUGAGCGCAGAACAACUAGACUGAAUACAUUUUCAAGCUUCCAGAAGUCUCCUGAUACACCUAACAAAUCUCCACCAGGACCAAAGGAUAAAGCAGCUGCAAAGGCAGCUGCAUUGGCUGCUGCUCGUGAUCUGGAGCGUAAUGCCAAGAUUGGCUCUGGAAGAGGUCUUAGUGCUGUAGCAAUGGCAACAUCAGCACAAAGGAGGAGUGCAAGUGAUUUUGAGCGUGCAAAGAGAUGGAACAUAUCUGAAGCCAUGGGUGCUGCCUGGACAGAAUGCCUUCAAUCAGUUGAUUCAAAAUCAAUAUCAGGGAGGGAUUUCUUUUCUGCAUUGUCCUAUAAAUAUGUUGCAGUCCUUGUAACAAGCUUUGCUUCAGGAAGAAACAUGCAGCGCAUGGAGAUGGAUAGGCGUGCACAAGUUGAUGUAUUAGAUAGAUAUCGUGUAUCCACUGGGACUCGUGCAUGGAGGAAGCUUCUUCGUUGCCUAAUAGAGAUGAGUGGGCUUUUUGGACCUUUUGGAGAUUUCCUAUCUAAUCCUGAGCAUGUUUUUUGGAAAUUAGAUCUUACAGAAAGUUCUUCAAGGAUGAGAAGAUUUUUGAAGAGAAAUUACAGGGGAUCUGACCAUUUGGGUGCAGCUGCUGAUUAUGAAGAUCGAUUGCAUGUUAAAUAUGGUGAAGAAUCAGAUGUAUGUAGUGCUGAUCCUGAUGCUUCAUUGACUACCAACCUUUCUUCCACAGCUUCCAUUAUAAUACCAGAGGCAAUGUCAGCGGAGGAAAGGAAUGAAGACGAUGAGCAGAUGGAAAAUGAGAGCACUGAGAACAGUAUGGCCAACCAGAGGCUUUCUUCAGCUGCAGAUCAAUCUUCAAAGGCACCGUUAGAUUCUAGAAUUUCUGGAGCUUCUGGUGAUCAAAAUUUGGUUCAAUCCACAUCAGUGGUUGCUCCUGGGUAUGUUCCCAGUGAAACUGAUGAAAGAAUUAUUUUUGAACUAGCUUCACUGAUGGUCCGGCCUUUGAAGGUUGUACAUGGAACCUUCCAAAUAACAACAAAGAGAAUCAAUUUCAUAAUUGAUGAGCACACCAAGGAUACUUCAAUGGAGGAUUCUGUGGCUGCUUGUUCUGAAGAGCAGGACAAGGAUCGAAGCUGGUUGAUAUCAUCCCUUCAUCAAAUGUUCAGUAGAAGGUAUCUUUUAAGAAGGAGUGCUUUGGAGUUGUUUAUGGUGGACCGGUCAAAUUUUUUCUUUGACUUUGGGAGUAUGGAAGGACGCAAGAAUGCCUACCGUGCUAUUGUUCAAGCUCGGCCUCCUCACCUAAAUAAUAUAUAUCUGGCUACACAGAGACCUGAACAAAUUCUCAAAAGAACUCAGCUCAUGGAACGUUGGGCAAGGUGGGAGAUUAGCAAUUUUGAGUAUUUAAUGGAACUCAACACUCUGGCUGGGCGCAGUUACAAUGACAUCACCCAGUAUCCCGUUUUCCCAUGGAUCCUGGCAGAUUAUUGUUCAAAGACAUUGGAUCUUGGGGAUCCUGCUUCAUACAGAGAUCUUUCAAAGCCAAUUGGUGCAUUGAAUCCUGAAAGACUAACGAAGUUCCAAGAGAGGUACUCCAGCUUUGAUGAUCCAGUUAUCCCCAAGUUCCAUUAUGGUUCGCAUUAUUCUAGUGCUGGAACGGUCUUGUACUACCUCGUUAGAGUGGAACCAUUUACUACUCUUGCUAUUCAACUGCAAGGCGGAAAAUUUGACCAUGCUGAUCGCAUGUUUUCUGAUAUUAGCAGUACUUGGAAUGGUGUCCUUGAGGACAUGAGUGAUGUGAAAGAGUUGGUCCCAGAGAUGUUUUACCUCCCUGAGGUACUAACUAAUGUGAACUCAAUUGAUUUUGGGACAACACAACUUGGAGGAAAGCUGGAUUCUGUCAACUUGCCUCCUUGGGCUGACAGCCCUGUUGAUUUUAUCCACAAGCAUCGGAUGGCUCUUGAGAGUGAGCAUGUAUCGGCUCAUCUGCAUGAAUGGAUAGACCUUAUAUUUGGAUACAAGCAAUGUGGAAAAGAAGCUGUGGCAGCGAAUAAUGUUUUUUUCUACAUCACUUAUGAAGGGACAAUUGACAUUGAUAAGAUUGCAGACCCAGUGCAACGACGUGCAACACAAGACCAGAUCGCAUACUUUGGACAAACCCCAUCUCAGUUAUUGACUGCUCCGCACUUGAAGAAAAAACCACUUUCAGAUGUGUUGCACUUACAGACAAUAUUUCGGAAUCCUACUGAAGUUAGACCUUAUGUGGUUCCAAAUCCAGAACGCUGCAAUGUUCCUGCUGCUGCUAUUUUAGCAUCACAUGAUUCCAUUGUAGUUGUUGAUGUAAAUGCACCUGCAGCAAAUGUAGCAUUGCACAGAUGGCAACCGAAUACUCCUGAUGGCCAUGGAACACCUUUCCUGUUUCAACAUGGGAAAACUUCUGCAAGUUCCACAGGUGGAGCGCUCAUGCGCAUGUUCAAAGGGUCAGGGGGAUCUGGUACGGAAGACUGGCAAUUCCCUCGGGCAUUAGCAUUUGCUGCAUCUGGAAUAAGAAGUUCAGCUGUUGUUGCAAUAACAUGUGACAAAGAAAUUAUCACUGGUGGGCAUGCUGAUAAUUCUGUCAAAUUGAUAUCCUCUGAUGGAGCGAAGACUAUUGAAACUGCAGCAGGACAUUGUGCACCUGUUACUUGUCUAGCUCUCUCUCUGGACAGUAAGUAUCUGGUUACAGGUUCACGUGACACGACAGUAAUACUUUGGAUAGUCCAUCGGAUAUCUCCUUCACACAUGAAUAGUGUUUCAGAAUCUUCCUCAACUACACCUGCAACUCCGACGAGUCCUAAUGCAGUUGUUAGUAGCUCAAACAGUAUCCCAGAAACUAGGAGGCGCCGGAUUGAAGGGCCUAUGCAUGUAUUAAGAGGUCAUCUUGGGGUAGUAACAUGCUGUUCUGUUAGUUCCGACCUAGGCAUUAUUGCUUCCUGCUCAAACACAUCUGGUGUUCUUCUGCAUUCAUUGAGGAGAGGUCAGUUGAUGCGAACGUUAGAUGUUAGGGGAGUCCAUGCAGUCUGCCUCUCAUCUGAAGGAGUUGUGUUAAUUUGGAACAAGUCGGAGAAAAAGCUUUCCACCUUUACAGUCAACGGGAUCCCCAUUUCUACAACAAUUCUAUCACCUUUUUCUGGCACAAUUAGUUGCCUUGAGAUUUCUAUUGAUGGAAAAAAUGCUUUAAUUGGGACCUGUUCUUGUAGAGAUGAUGACCAAAAAGAAGAGGGUGCUUCAAAAGGUGAUUCACAAUUGAAUAUGCCCAAAUGUAAUGCAACUAGUUCCCUUCCAAAUGAAGCCACUGCUGAGCAAAGACUCACCAUUCCUGUGCCUUCAAUUUGUUUCCUUAAUUUGCAUACUCUGAAGGUAUGUCAUACCUUGACACUAGAAGAAGGUCAAGAUAUUACUGCUAUAGCUCUAAAUAAGGAUAACACCAAUCUUUUGGUUUCAACAGCAGAUAAACAGCUCAUAGUCUUCACGGAUCCUGCUUUAAGCCUGAAGGUAGUGGAUCAGAUGCUUCGGCUUGGUUGGGAAGGUGAUGGGCUGCUUCAAUGAUGAGCAAGUGCAAGAUGAUUAGUAAAAUUUUUGGAACUUUGGUCAAUCUUGGCCUGCUGUGGAUCAAUCAUACAACUUAGAAGCAAAGAGUAGGUUGAUAUAGUGUCUAAAAUGUUGUUCGAAGCAGGGGAAGGAAUGAAGGAAUCAGUUGCUAUUUUUUCUUUCAUUUUUACAUUUUUGUAUAAUCUUAUUCUUUUAUAUAUAAAAAAAAAAUCAGUUUUGUGAUAAUUUCCCUCUUUACUUUUAUUUUCCUAGAAUUUCUAGCCAUUCUAACAAUUGGAAUGCAGUUUAAGCGUACAAUUGAGAUAAUGCACUUUACUUGCUUUAGAUUA